AUGUCUGACACUCAAAUGCUGACGCGCGAGCAGCGCAACAUGCUCAAACAGUUUUUACCUGGGUUUAAACUUGUUCGCUCUGGGUCUGUGGAAGAGCAGGAUAUGUUUUGGGAGAACAUUUUCACCCAGUGGUUCACAGCUUGGCCCGAACGUGCAGUACACUACUCUGGGGCACCACAGGAGCAGGAUCUGUCCGACUUACAACAAGUGUUGCUCAAAUUUGCGAUUCAAUGUCGUCAACGAAUUAAAUCGUUUAUUUAUGCAAACACUAUUGGCAGAGAGACGCGCCUGGUAUCGUCCACAUUGAACGACUUUUUUAAGGUCAAGAAGCUGGUGAGCGUUGAUGCGGCGAUGAUGGCAUAUUCAGUUUCAAUUAUCCAUUGUGAUAUAUCGCUCGUGGUUCUUAACAACCUUCUAGGAUUCUCCCACAGCGCAUAUGUGAAAUUUAAUGUGUUGACACCUAGACAGGCAGUGUUAGCCAUGUCACAGUCUGGACGCACUGGGUGUCCCUCUAAACGUCCCAAACUUGUCAGGCAUACACUGCUAGACCCCAAUCAGCCCUCGAAUCAUGUCGACAGGCAUCGCAUAUUCAGCUUGCAGCGUAGUGGUCAAGUUGGACUUCGGACAUCUUACAUUCCUACUAGCUUGCCUGAAAAGGAAGACAAAGAUAUACCUGCACGCACUCUGCCCACUGGUGCUGACCCUACUGCACACACUGACAAUGAUCCUUGGAAUGAGACGGAAUACUUUGACCCUGCAUGUGAGGUGGAUGAUGCCUUUGGAGUGCCUGAGGUACCAACGGCCGAAAAGAGACGCAGGAGAACUGCAGGAGACAAUCCCAUGUCCCUUUGGCUACCAGAACGUCAAACAUAUGUGAAUGAAUUUAUACGACUGGAAGGAAGAAGUCAGGGUGCAGACACCCAAUGCAAGUGUGGUAGCCAUGAUGCAGUUUUCCGCUGUCAAGAUUGUUUCUCUGUCGAGCUUACAUGUCGGUCUUGUGCCGUUGGAUCACACCUCAACUCCCCACUCCAUAGAAUCAAGGAAUGGAGAGACGGAUUUUUCCAUCCUGUCUCUUUGAAGUCCAUGGGUUUGCGAAUACAGCUGGGUCACCCACCAGGCACUACUUGUCGGAAUCCAAGACCUGCCUUUGGUGACAACUUCGUGAUCAUCGACAUCCACGUCAUACACCUUGUUGGACUCGAUUUUUGCGGAUGCGAGCACGAAGUUUCACACUUCAAACAGUUGCUCCGUGCACGCUUAUUCCCUUCCACAGUAACCGACCCAAGAACAGCAGCAACUUUUGCUGUUUUGGAGUCCUUUCAUAUACUUUUGUUCGAGUCUAAAAUCUCUGCAUACGAGUUCUUCCACGGCUUAGCUCGGCGGACCGACAAUACUGGUAUAACACCCAUUCGUGAUUGUUAUUCAGUGUUUCUCCGAAUAGUCUAUCAGUGGAAAAACAUCAAGGCACUCAAACGUUCUGGCUGCGGCCAUAAUCCUGCUGGCGUUGAUGCUACUCAAAAUGGAGAUCUAGCAGUUCUAUGCCCCGCGUGUCCUCAUCCGGGGAAGAACUUACCCGAUGACUGGAAAAAUUCACCUGAGCAAUGGAAAUUUGGCCUUUUCCUUGCUAUAGAUGCCAACUUCCGUCUCAAGCGCCGGAUGGUGUCAAGUGACAUCAGAGACCCCGGCCUCAGCCAAGGAUGGGGUUAUUUUGUUGAGGAGAAGGAAUAUAAGUGUUACCUACGUGCAAACGGUGAAACCGUCCAAGAGAAAAGCAGCUGUGUUAGCCACAACACAGUGAACAUGGCGGACACAAAGUCUGAAAAAGGGCUUGCUGCCACUGGUGUGGGAACCGUAGAUUGUGCGCGCCAUGAUAUGAAAUUGGCUAACGGUGUUGGCGACUUACAGAAGGGCGAAAAAUAUCUCAAUAUGGAUUACCUUGUGUUCUCGGCUCUCGCCAGGUUCUCUACACUGUCAACAAUCAACUUUUCCUAUGACAUCGCUUGCCAAUGGCACAAGAAACUCUGGGAUCGCUUGCCCAUGCUGCCAUCUCAUCUUCAGUUCGACCGAGACGGUAAGACUAUCAACUACUUUGUGCCGAAAUUUCACCUUGCUGUGCAUAUUGAAAUUUGCCAGACUCAAUUCUCAUUCAAUUGGACUCCGGGCGUGGGACGGACUGAUGGCGAAGCACCUGAGCGCAGUUGGGCAAACAUCAAUCGUGUAGCCAGUAGUACAAAGGAGAUGGGCCCUGGAGCCCGACGUGAUACGCUUAACGAUCAUUUUAGUGAUUGGAAUUGGAAGAAAGUUACAGGCCUUGGUAAAGUUAUGCUACGAAAAAUCACAGAAGCAGUCGUGGUUGAGAAGGAGCACCGCCUGGCUCUCUGGGAGCUUGAGGGCUCUAUCAAUGAGUCAGAAACAGGAGCCGCUUCCCUCGCUGCAUGGAGGACAGAGAUAGAAAUCUGGGAGAAGGACCACUCGCAACGCAACCCAUUCCAGAGCAGAGUUGACGCGAUGACCCAGGCGGCUGUGCGACUCAAGUUAGCACAACGGGAUGCAAAAGAAUUGGAAGAUGGGUCAGCAAUAUCACUCCAUGCCGAAGUUACCUGCAGUGUUCUCAUUAGCACUGGUAUUGACUUGGAAGAUGCCCAACGUCGUUUGCGUGUUGAUUCCUCCGCGCUCGGUCAGCACUCAACUGAUAUCCAGAGGACUAAGAUCUUAACUCGAAGAAACGCACUUCAACGUCGCCUAGACGCCUGGACCGAUAUUCAAAGACUCUACAUGCCAGCGGUUCCAAACCUCCGAACCUCUGCAAGCCUCCCAACCCAUGCCAAUGGUGACAAUAGCGGCUGUCCAGUCCCAGAUCUCACCUCCGGAAAGGCAGAAGACUUUCAGUUGCUUCUGCCUUCUGAAAUCUGUGAUAUUGUGCCAUGCGACAAGACGCUCCUUGGAACGGAAUGGUCUCUGCGACUUGCCCAAGCCAACGAUGCUCUGAAUGACUGUUGUUCACAAAUCCGACUUCGCCGUCAGCUAUAUCAGUUCAAGGUUCAGCAUUUACGCGGCCAAGGGCCCAACACCUGUGCACGCAAAACUCUGGAUACGGUUGAGGAACGUCUCACCCUGAGCCAUGCCAAAUAUGUAAGCGCUCGUGAGGCGCUCGUCUCCUUGGCUCGUCACCUUGAUCGGAUAGGAUGGGAGCACAAAUUGCAGCCUUUGAAAAAGGCACACCUCAGACCAAUUGGGGACUUCAGCCAACAGACGCAAGGCACAGCUAUCAUGUCAUGGAUUUGGCUGACUCAAGGAAUAUCUUCUGAUGAUACCGAGGGAAUGCAGGAAUCGCUUCGUGUCGAGUGGUGUAAAGCCCGAGCACGUCGUAAUAGGUGGUCGGAGGAGAUCCAGCUCUUGUUGGAAGAAAUGCAACACAUCCUUCCAGAGUAUCAGGAAGGUUUGAUUGCAUAUGCUCGCCGUCAAGCUCACAUCCGACGAGGUUUAGUGGCGGCUUUUGCAGAACAUUGGAAGAGAGUGCCGCAUCUUGUGGCCUCGAACUCGGAUACUGAUCCAUGUACUGAUGAUUUUGACGAGGGGAUCUCUUUGGACGCACCUCCUUGUGAGUACAUCGAGGGACCCGAUGAAUAA